AGUUAUUAUAAUAAUUGAAUGAGAACAAGCUUGUUUUUAAUGUUUUUAUCAUGGUUUUAAUAAGCCGGAAUGUUACGCAGCUACAAUUCCACAAUAUAAUAUAAUAUACCUAACUAACCCCACUAAACACAAUUUCUAUAUAUAUUUUGUAUAGCCGUGUAGUAGUAGCACGAUAUAUUUAAUCUUGAGUAGUAGUGUUCUAUAUGUUAGCAGUCUAUAUGUAAGUGUUUUUAAGUAGUUGUCGACGAUGUUUGAUAACGCCACCGCAGCCCGCGACACAAUAUCAAGAAAUGAGAAUAUAGUUUCGAGAUAUCAAAAUAUUAUGCCCCUCUACUCUCUAGACUCUAGAGUCUGACUAGACCGAAACAGGCUGUAUCAUACGGCAAUUCAUUGGCGUUCUCACUGGCGUCCGUCAUAACUCAUAAUUCAUAACCACUAAACCACACUAAUUGAAUGUUGAAGGUGUCGUUCGGAUCGUAAUAACUCUUCGUCCGCCUUAACUCAACUAUUUGAACAAGCAAGUUGCAAUCGACCGUUCACUUCGUCGUUCGUGUCCUACCUGUCCGUGAGUGCGGAUCGUCAUCGUCGUCAUUGAUCACACGUCGUGCGAAAAGAUGAGUGUCGACAUGGUGGAAGACGGCCAGGAUGAGGACAAUUCGGGAUACGGUGGCUGUGAGGGUCCGGAUGCUAUGUAUGUCAAGCUGAUAUCAAGCGAUGGGCACGAGUUCAUCGUUAAGCGGGAGCAUGCCUUGAUGUCAGGCACAAUUAAAGCCAUGUUGAGUGGCCCCGGCCAGUUUUCAGAAAACGAAACAAAUGAAAUCCACUUCAGGGAGAUACCAUCUCACGUUUUACAAAAGGUCUGUAUGUACUUUACAUACAAAGCUCGUUACACAAACAGCUCAACCGAGAUUCCAGAGUUCCCUAUUCCACCACAAAUCGCUUUGGAACUUCUGAUGGCAGCCAACUUUUUGGAUUGUUAAUGUUGAGUAAAAGAAAACAGAUAUUUUCAAAUUAUUACAAUUUCAGAAUUUAAACUAUUUAAGCUUUAAAAACAUGCUUGUCCUCAUAAAUUUAAUAGUUUAAACAUUAUUGGAAUGGUAAAUAAUAAUUUAUUGUAACCAUAAAUUAUAAUGAGGGCACAGAUUUAUAUAAGCUAAUGUUUUAUAAAUGGUUUCUUUGUUCAUUUGUUUGAUUAAUUGAUUAUUAUUAUACAUACCUAUUUUAUAUUAAAAAAAUAAAAAUUAAAAAUAUAUAACUAUAUUCAAUUUUGUUCUUUUUUUUAAACAAUUUACUUAUCUAUUACGUAUCUAUAUUUUAUAACAUCUUAAACUUUUAUUGAUAAAUAACUGAAUAAAAAAUUUAUUACACAUUUUAAAUAUACUAUAUUAAUUAUAAGUAUUAAAAUAGUAAACAUAUAAAAAAAUAAAAUUAAAAUAUUUAGAAUUUACAAUUAUUAUUAAUAAGGUAUAGGGUACAUAAUAGGCAUUUAAUAAUAAUAUUUUUUUAUUACUUUAACUAUAACUUAGAUUUAAUGACUGGUAUUAUUUUAAUUAUGUACUUUUGAACAUGAAAUUGUAACAAAAUUACGAUAAGUUCAUAUAGUUGACGUUGACAAAUAUACUCAUACAUUAUCAAAAUUGUGUAAAUAUGUUGGAAAAAUGGAAUUAUUGAUAUACAUGUAAAAAUAUAUUUUUUAGACAAAAUAUAAUAUCGAGGAUGGCUCAUUUAUUAUAAAUCAUCUGAAAGUAUUAAUGCAAUGUUAAUUUUUAAGUACCACAUGUUAGUUGUUAGUGUAUUAUUUUAUAUUACUUACUCAAUAAUGUGGAAAUUAAUUAGAUUUAAUUUUUAUUAUAUUAUAACAUGUAUGUAAAUUUUAAAUUAUAACAUAAUUUUACAUGUAAUUUAGUUAAAAUUAGGCUUAGUGAAGCCAAUUAAUAAUACAAUUUAAACACCAUUACUCACACGUAGAGCGAUUACUUCACCUGAUAAUAUAUUGUCAUACAAUUAAUUAUUCACUAUUCAGGGAUGAAUUAAUUUAGUUUAAUCUAGAAUAAAUAAUAUACAAUUUUAAAUGUUUUAUUUUAAAUUUAUAUAGCCAUAAAUAUAAUGUUAUAACCACUGACCUAUAAAAUGUACAAUAAUACUAUUACGUUGUUACUUGUGCACUCUCACAAACCUCUAUUUGAUUUACUUAGACAAAAGAUAAAGCAUCUAUAUAUUAUA